UCUCUAGCUCUGCUUUUGUAGUUGAAUGAUGGAGGAGAUUAAUGAAAAUCGUGAACCAUGCUCCUGCUCCUCCUCCUCCUCCUCCGUGAACGGAGGGGAUGAGUAUGAUGUGACGGUGAUCCAGGGGAAACUAUCCUCGAUGCAGAGCACCAUAACCGCAAUCGCCUUAUGGUUGGGAGGCAUUCAUUUUACUGUUUCCCUGGUGUUAAUGGCUCUCUUCUUGCUCCCUAAUUGUCUGGGUUUCAUGAUUUUUGCGCUUCUCCUAUUGUUAAUGGUGAUCCCGAUUGACGAGAUGAGCAAACCAGGUCAAAGAUUGGCCAGGUAUAUCUGUAAGCACGCCUGUGGGUAUUUUCCGGUGACUCUUUAUGUGGAGGACAUUAAGGCAUAUGACCCGAAUCAAGCUUAUGUCUUUGGUUACGAGCCACAUUCAGUUUUACCAAUUGCCGUUGUUUCUCUUGCCGGUCUUACGGGUUUCAUGCCUCUACCAAAGACCAAAGUCCUCGCUAGCAGCGCUGUGUUCUAUACACCUUUUCUGAGGCAUAUAUGGACAUGGAUGGGGGUUACACCUGCAACAAGGAAGAAUUUUACGUCACUCUUGGAAGCUGGUUGUAGUUGCAUUGUAGUGCCAGGUGGAGUGCAGGAGACGUUUCUAAUGGAACAUGGUUCAGAGAUUGCUUUCCUAAAGAAAAGAAAAGGAUUUGUACGCAUAGCUAUGGAGACGGGCCGACCUUUGGUUCCAGUUUUCUGCUUUGGUCAGUCAAACGCUUACAAGUGGUGGAAGCCCAGAGGGAAGUUGAUCCUGCAACUUGCUAGAGCUAUCAAGUUCACCCCAAUUGUUUUCUGGGGAAUUUUUGGAACACCUGUGCCAUAUCAACAUCCCAUGCAUGUCGUGGUGGGUAGACCGAUUGAGCUCAAGAAAAAUCCACAAGCUACAGUUGAAGAGGUGAAUGAAAUUCACAGCAAGUUUGUCGAAGCCAUGCAAGAGCUCUUUGAAAAGUACAAAGCUAGGGUUGGUCAUGCUGAUCUGCAGUUGAGAAUUCUUUGAUAGAAGCCUCUGUGUUUCCACCUUCAAUUUGCAUAAAUGUAUAUUGUCAUCUGCUUGUAUAUACGUAGCUUUGACUGAU